AUGGCUGCAGAUUCUAUUUCUACUGUGACACUUUCGACGGGAUUCAAAAUUCCAAUUAUUGGCCUUGGAACGUGGCAGUCAGAUCCAGGAAAGGUGGAGGAAGCAGUGAAGAUUGCUAUUGAUACUGGCUACCGCCAUUUUGAUUGCGCACUACUCUACCAAAAUGAAAAUGAAGUUGGCAGUGCAAUCAGCGCGAAGAUUGCGGAUGGAAUUCUGACGAGGGAAGACGUCUGGAUCACCAGCAAGCUGUGGUGCACUUACUACACUCGUGCCAGAGCUGUUGAAGGAUGUCAGCUGUCUCUGAAAUCUCUGGGUCUGGAAUACUUGGACCUCUACCUCAUGCACUGGCCAUUUGGUUAUAAGGAUAGCGAUGAAUUAUUCCCACGCGAUGAUGCGGGGGAAAUAAUUGACAGCGAUGUCGAUUACGUUGAAGUUUGGAAGGGAAUGGAAGAUUGCGUUGCCCAAGGUUUGGUACGAAGCAUAGGUGUGUGCAACUUCAACAAGGAGCAAAUGGCCCGACUUUAUGAAUCUGCUUCAAUAAAGCCAGCCGUUUUACAGGUGGAGUGUCAUCCAUAUUUGAACCAAAGUGAGCUGCUCAGCUUCUGCCGAGAGCAUGACAUGGCAUUAACGGCUUACAGUCCACUCGGCUCCCCUGAACGACCCUGGGCAAAUCCUGAUGAACCAACCCUCUUAGAAGACCCCGUCGUCAAGUCUAUUGCUGUGUCACACGGAAAAACAACAGCUCAGGUAUUGUUUCUGUAUGCACUUUGAAAAAAUGUCUUGGUUAUUGUUGAAAUAGGCAUUUUAGUUACACGUGAUAGCCCGUCAUGA